AAAUGUGCUGAUCACACGGUAUCCGAUAAAACGUUCUACAAGACUUUUGCACGAACAUUUUCUACCGAUAAUCAAGUGGUGCGCUCAGUUAUUGCUCUCCUCACCUACUACAAGUGGAGAAAAUUUUCCAUCAUCACUGAAGAUGAACCCAGGUUUUUACGAGUUUCGGAAAAACUUGAAGAUCAAGCCAAACGGAGCAACAUGGUAAUUAACACGAAGAGCACAUUCCGACGCCAUGACAUUUGUUGUGAAGAAAAACUCCCCUGCUGUAAAAAACCAUUUAUGAAGAUAGUUAAAAACACAUAUAGUAAAACAAGAGUAUACGUCGUUUUCGGAAUUAUGAAGUACUUAAGGGAAUUGUUGAUACUGAUGCGAAUGCUGAGGCUCUUUGAUGAGGAAUAUAUUGUUAUAUAUGUUCAUUUGGAGUGGCAUAAACCAUCCCAAUCCCAUACAUAUUUCUACAAUCCAGUCGAGGUGAAUAACGUUUUAAGCGCCACCAUGGAAGCAGCUAGAUCACUUUUAGUCAUAGUGCCCUCGCCAGUAACAGAAGAAGGUUAUGAAGACUUCCACGAUGAAGUUCGAAAGUAUAACCAGCUUCCACCGUUUAGCCUCCCAAGUCUUAAUACACUUAAGAAGUUUAAGAAACAAAUUACAGAGUACGCGGCCUUACUUUACGACGCUGUUUUUCUUUACGCUGAAGCACUUUCAGAAGUGCUAAAAGAAAACAUGGAUCCCAGAAAUGGAACACUUAUUAUUCAAAAAAUCAUCGCCAGAGGACAGUAUCGAAGUAUAACAGGACAGAUUAUGCAUAUUGACGAAAAUGGUGACGUAGAAGGAAAUUACACCGUAUUGGCGCUACAGCCUAAACCUAGAAAUCUCAAACUAAAAGUAUUUUACGGAACUGAUCCAGAAAUACCAUACACCAUGCUACCCGUUGGUAUGUUUUUCUCCGAUCCCGACAACAAAGACAAAAGGAUUUUCCAGCCCAAUGAGAGCUGCCAUAUUCCAUGGGUGAAAGGCAGAGUACCACUUGACGAGCCACCUUGUGGAUAUGAUGGAAGUGGUUGUAAACCGCCACCUGAGAAUAGGCGAAAAAUAUCCGCCGGAGUAUUGGGAAGCUUGUUGUUCAUUGCAAUUAUAAUAUCAACAAUAGUGUACAGAAAUUGGGUAUACGAGCAGAAGAUUGCGGGAUUACUGUGGAAAUUGGACAUCAAAGACCUGGAGUUCCAUGGACUAAAUGGGCACGGUUGUUCCUCAAGUAGUCGGGUCAGCUUACCAAGUCAAGUUUCAUUGGAAUCGAGAACUUGCGGUCACGUGUUUACUCAAACAGCUGUUUAUAAAGGGAAAAUAGUGGCUGUGAAACAGAUGACACUCAGUAAGAAGACAGCAGACAUCCCAAGAGAUAUAAAGAAGGAAAUGAAAUUGAUGCGGGAACUUCAUCAUGACAAUAUAAACUCAUUCAUAGGCGCGUGCGUUAUUCCAAACAAGCUUAUCGUUAUCACAGAAUAUUGUCCGAGAGGGAGUUUACAGGAUAUCCUGGAGAACGACGACAUUCGUUUGGACAAUAUGUUUAUAGCGUCUCUGGUGUUUGAUUUGAUCAAGGAAUGCUCUAACCUCUUGUGGAAGGCUCCAGAACAACUGCGAGACCCACACUUACAUCCAAAAGGAACGAAGGAAGGAGACGUUUAUUCAUUUGGCAUCAUUCUCCAUGAAAUUAUUGGCCGCCAGGGGCCGUUUGGAAACUCUAACUUAAGCCCAAAGGAGAUAAUCAAGCGAGUGAAAGAUAUGCCCGACGGUAACGAGACAUUUCGGCCAGAUCUCAGCAUAUUGGAAUGUCAGGAUUAUGUGCUAUACGCCAUGUGUGAAUGUUGGAGUGAAAGACCAGAGAAACGACCGGAUUUCGGGCACAUUCGCUCGAAGCUUGCAAGACUUCGUCAAGGAAUGUAAGUAAAAC